AUGAGGUUUGACACAAAUCAGAAAAUCAUCACAGCUGAGUCUGGACAGGACGUCACUUUGCCAUGUCGAGCUCCAAACAGCAACAUCAUUAUUGUUCUAGAGUGGAGCAGAGCUGACCUGGGAGAGAAAUAUGUUCUUCUGUUCCAGGAUGAGCGUUUCUAUCCAGAUCAACAGCAUCCAUCUUUUAGGAACCGGGUGGAUCUGCAGGACAGACAGAUGAAGGAUGGAGACGUGUCUUUGAUUCUGAAGAAAGUGACGAUUAAUGAUACUGGAACAUAUGAGUGUCGUGUCUUUAUGAGAGAAAGACACCACAGGAAGAGAGGUCAUCUGAAGACCGACCCCAUCAGCAUCAUUGACCUGAGUGUUGUUCCUCCAGAACAAAAAAACAUCACAGCUGAGUCUGGACAGGACGUCACUCUGCCAUGUCGAGCUCCAAGUAACAACAUCAUUUUAGGUGUAGAGUGGAACAGAGCUGACCUGGAAGAUGAAUAUGUGCUUUUUUACAGAGAUGAACAAUUUGAUCCAGUCAACCAGCAUCCAUUCUUUAAGAACCGGGUGGAUCUGCAGGACAAACAGAUGAAGGAUGGAGACGUGUCUUUGAUUCUGAAAAAUGUGACAAUUAUUGAUAAUGGAACAUAUCAGUGUCGUGUCUUCAUGAGAGGAACAAACGUAAGGAAAAGAGCAAAUCAGGAUGGUGACCCCAUCAGCAUCAUCUACCUGAGUGUUGUUCCUCCAGGUCACACAGGAGGAGACACAGAGGAUGGAGGGAAGGAGGAUGGAGGGAAGGAGGCUGGAUCUGUUGGACUGAUCAUUGGUCUGUCAGUUUCUGCUGUUCUUCUUGUUGCUGCUGUUAGUCUUUUGAUCUACAGAAAACAUAAACAACAGCAGACUCAGGAUUCAUACUAGCCUCCUGAGUAAUUGCAACAUAUUUGAAAUGUCUUUAGUUUUUAUGAUGAUGUUUGGUAAGAGAAGCAUCACUAUGGUAAAAUGGAGUUAAACUGCCCGAUAUCCAUUUAUUUUAUUUUUUUUAAAAUAGCAGGUUGAGAACCAGGAUCUGCUGAUCUGUCAGCGUGAGAGGUAGGGUCCCUGGUAGGGAUUAUAAAAACAAACAUAUUCUUUAAUAUCACUUAGACUGAACUGUAAGUGAUGACUUUGUUUGUUUUGUUUUUUUAUUCAGUAGGUCAAUAACAUAAGAUGAUAUAUAUCAUAUGUUUAAAGUGUUAAAGCCUACACUGUUUAACUAAGUGUGUGAAUAUAUUUGGCCUUCGGUAUUUUGUAAAUAAUAAUACUUAGCAGUAAUAGUAGUAGAAAAGUACUGCACAGCAUCUCCACCACUGUUUUUAUAUUUUGCUUGGAAAUUUGGAGUUAGUUGCAGAUGUUUAUUAAAACGUACAAACAUAUAGAUAUAAUAGAGGGUUUAGGCCAAAACGUUCUAACAAGCUGAGAGUCUAUAUUUGGUGUCAUCAAAGCAAAUCCUUGACUAAUACUUUUCAACUGCAUGUUUCAUAUCCUGGUAUGAUUUUACUGCACUGGCAAUGUUUUGGGAUCACUGUCAUGCUGAAAAAUGUAACUGCUGCCCAUCAGACUCUUUCUAGAUGGUAUUACAUGGUGGAUCAAAAUCUAUUCAUACUUUUCUGUGUUCAUAUCUACAUCAGCUCUAACAAGUUCUCCAACACCACAGAAAUGCAACUUCAAACCAUGACAAAGCCUCGACUGCAGCCCUUAACGAGAUGAGUUUUUAGCUGACACCUUAUUCACAAUCACUUUGUUGUUGCAUAAAUAGUAUUUUAUGCGUUGACAAAGUGUGUCAUUAUUGAGAAUUAUUAUAUAUUUAAUUAAAGAAAUCAAUUAAAUAUACAAUUUUGUGACUGGCUGCUGGUAACAAAGUGCCUAAGUUGUGUGUUAUCUGUAGGCACAGAACUGGUUCAUCCCUUGAGUAAGGAUUGUUUUUUUUAUAUUAUUUUUUAUGGUUGAAUAAUUCAUCAGUCAAUGUUAAGUGUCCUAAAGAACACAAACAAGAUUCCCUGUGUAAACUGGACUGGACUGAAAGUUAUUGGAAACCUUUCAUAACAAACAAACAAUAUUUUUGCAGAGAUCCACAGUUACAGAUAAUUACAGACACUCAACCAAGUACAGAAACACUGUGUCAUAAUCAUGCUGUUAAUAAUCUGCCUAAUAAUGUUCAGGAUCCAUUUAGCAGCUAUUACUGAGUAAGCUUUGUGGUAGAUAUUAUUAUGAAACCAAAGAGAAAUGUUUUUCCAAGUAGCUACAGAGGGAGAUCUUUCCUCUCUCUGAUCUGUGAAGCUUUGACUUUUCCUUCCAUUUAGGAGACUUUGAAGUCUGUAACUUCUGUUUAAAUAUU